CUGUCCCUAGAACACCAAGACUUGUCAAAAUCGACGUUUUGAAUGUUUUUGUAAUGACCGUAAUUACGCAUUGCGUGUGCGGGGGUUGACGACACGUGACAACUCCCCGCUUGACCCUCGUCCCACGCUUGACCACCCUUAUCCAUGUACCGUCAAAUCACAACAUAACCUCACACGUCAUCUGUCAUUCAUCAUCUCGCAUUAUUGUUGUCACUGCGAUAACAACAAUGCAAUUUUAUGGUUUUUCACCGAAAACACGGUCUAAUCGCUCCGUUGCCUCCUUUGCCGCCCCACACCGCCCAACACCCAACUAGGUUAUCUAACAGUACUUCAAGUAGGAGGGGUAAACCGUAUUGAUUUUUGCCACGACUUGUUGCUUCUUUCUCAUGAGUUCCGACUCUCUUCCUUCGGCAGUGGAGGAGGAACAAUCUGUUGGUCUGCUCAGCAACACGAUGGAGGCCCGAGCCGAACACCUCAAGACCCGCAACUACCGCUCUCUGUACUACUUCACCACCGCGCUGGGGGUGGGCAUGAUGGUCAUGAUGCUGACAUGGUUGGUGAAGCACAGAGGGGGCUUCUCCUGGUCGUCCAACACCAAGACGCAGUUCAACUGGCACCCGUUGCUCAUGAGCAUCGGGAUGCUGUUCAUUUACGGGCACUCAAUUCUUGUGUACAGGACGGGGAGGGCUGCCCCGAAAAAGAGACUGAAAAUUUUGCAUGCUUUACUCCAUGGCACGACCUUUAUUUUGGCGGUGAUUGCUCUGAAGGCCGUGUUCGACUCGCACAAUUACGCCAAGCCCCCAAUUGCCAAUUUGUAUACGUUCCAUUCGUGGUUUGGACUGAUCACGGCGAUUUUGUUUACUGGACAGUUUCUGUUCGGCUUUAUGAGCUUCCUCUACCCCGGUCUUUCCAAAACCCUCCGCUCGGCGGUGCUUCCGGUCCACGUGGCCACCGGGACUGCGAUUUUCGUCCUAGCUUUGAUCUCAGCCCUCACAGGGCUCACGGAGAAAACGCUCUGGACUUUGGACACCGGUUACGCACAGCUUCCGUCUGAAGCCAUCCUGAUUAACUUUCUAGCGCUCUUCCUCGGCUUUUUCGGCGUUUUUGUUCUCUAUUUGGUCAACGAUCCCGAUUUCAAGAGGACUAACUUGCCGGAAGACGAGGUGGCUUUGGCCAGUAGCGAUUGAUUUGGUGCUAUUUUGCCGAUGUUUUGAGUGGUUGGUGAUGAUGAGUGUUGAGGAGGUUGGUAGGAGUGGCUGAUUUCACCAAUGCAGUUACCACUGAGAUGUGACUGGUAUCGCUAAUCUUACUAUAUUUUGUGCUUAAUUGUUUAAAGUAUUUUUUAUAAUUGUAACUUUGGUGCUACUGUUUGGUCUCUAUUUUGUAAAGUUUACACAGUCUGACUAUGUAAGUGAUGUAUCCCAAAUAUAUGUAUAUUUAUGUCAACGCA